AUGCUCGAGAACUUAAGAGAUUCAAAGUCUGCGUCCUCGUCUGUGGUUGGUUGCAGAUCAAAAUCCAGCUGGCCCUUCCAACUGAACGUGCAACCGGCAGCAAAUGAGGCCAGCAGAUCGUCGCAGCCAAGAACGGAAGCCAAGCCAGUGAUGAUCAGCGAUAAAGCAACCGUGACAAAGGGGAACGCCAAACCGUCGUUGGCUCCAGAUUCAGCCUGGAUAAGGUUUCUAACGUCAGCACGGAUCCGCUGGGCAAACUUGCUUUUGCCAACUAUCGCUGCAGCCAGCACAGGGUCCGUAGCUACGAAUGUGGCUCCAACCAGCAACGAGUCGCUAAACUUGAGCCCGAUGCUGUGGAAGACAGCCCAGACAAUAAGCGAUAAGAUCAGCCAUCCGUACACCAUGGCCCCAAAAAGAACGAGAUUCAGGGAUCUUGCAUGGUCCAGCAUAUAUCUCGGUGGCAGCUCUGCGCCUGUGGCAAAUAGCUGGAUCACUAGAAUCAAUCUUGAGAGCUCGAAAGUCAGCUCGUCAACGUUGCUGGUCCAUUUGGACGGGUUAAACCAAUCCAAUGCGUGA